AUGGCGGUGUUUAAAACGCUCUGCAGAUAUAUUGUUUUUGUCGCCUUUCUGCUCACCGUUUUCGAUCGUAAACACCAAACAACUGAAGAGUUUUAUUCCGGAGACCUUUCUGCUGUACUUGCUGCUUCAAAUGAAGCGAACAAACUUCAAAUUCUACCGAUAAACAAUUCACUCGCACCAAGAUCCAGAGUCGCAUCAAGAUCGGGAAAGCCUAUUGAUAGAGCUGAGGAAAGGGCAAGGUUCAUCCGCUUUAUUCAUCUUGCUCGGAAUGAG